GGCGCGGCCGCUGCAGUCGCUUCCGCCGCAGCUGGGGCUCCAGCUGGUUGUUUGCAGGCGGAGCUCUGGGGUUACGUCCACUUCAGCCGCAGCGUUUCCUCUGCCAGGUGUCUCGCCGCAGCCUCGGGAGAGGAGACGGACGCCUCCCCCAUCUGUCAGAGAAAUGUCUGCUCCGGCUCAGCCACCCACCGAGGGGGCAGAGGAGACUGCCCCAGGUGGGGGUCCCCCUGGCCCUCCUCCUAAUGUGACCAGUAACAGACGACUACAGCAAACCCAGGCACAAGUGGAAGAGGUGGUAGACAUCAUGCGUGUGAAUGUGGACAAAGUCCUGAAGAGGGACGAGAUACUGUCAGAGCUGGAUGACCGAGCUGAUGCCUUGCAGGUGGGAGCGUCGCAAUUUGAGAGCAGCGCUGCCAAGCUAAAGAGGAAGUAUUGGUGGAAAAACUGCAAGAUGAUGAUCAUGCUGGGAGCUAUCUGUGCCAUCGUCGUGGUAGUUAUUGUAAUCUACUUUUUUACUUAAGAAUGUGCCACCCCUUCCCUGUUCUCCAUUGCCAUCCAAACUCAUGUCCCCCUCCCUCUGUUUGCUCUCUCAGUGAACUUCCCUGUCUGCCUUCCUCCAUCCUAGCCCAGGCUUCUCCAUCACCCAUUCCUCCUUUGCUGUUGCUUUCAUUUGCACGAUGUCCCUCAACGCUAGAAAUGCUGCUUGUGGCGCAGUCUUGAAGCAACUACUUGAGGAGCAACAGCUGGUGCCUCCUCCUUGCCUCCUUCUUAUGUGCUCACAAGUUCCCCCAAAGCCAAAAAGAGGUGGAGGCCAAGGGAACGGGAAGGAGCGUAGCUGAGGUGACAUGCCCAAGACAGUGCCAAGAGCAGGAGAGGAGAAGGAUAUCAGUGCCUACAGUGUCACCAGGAAAGGCCAGGCCGCUGGCAGGAGGAAGCUGUAAACAGCUGGGAAAAUGGCGGCUCCUUCAGGGCUGCCCUGAUCCCUUGGAGCUCUUCUCCUCUGCCAGGCCUGAAGGGGGGCCCAAAGUACAUCUUGGUCCUGGUGGCAUACCCAUUUAGAUCAAGAUUGUCUAUGUCUUCAGGGAUCUUGCAGUCUUUUACUUUGUUCUCCAGAGACCUGGAGAACAUGUAUUAAUUACAAAAAUACCAGAAAAAAUACCAAAAUAGCAAAAAUACCAAAAAAAAACCCAACCUCAUUCCCAUCCUAGAAGCAGUCCCAGAAGCUCAUAACUGGAAGGGGCUGUCUCUUGUCCACCUUUUCUGCAGAAUUCUGGAUUGUUCAUGAGAACCCCAAAUAAUUUCAUAAAGCCAAAGUUUGAGACGCUCAGUUAGUUUUAAUUGUUGGCUUAGAUAAAGAGGGAGUGCUUGUUAGUUAUAGAAAAACAGUGAGUUGAGGGCCUAAUUUGAGAAUAACAAGCUCGGGGGAACCCUCUUGCCCUCUUGUUAAGGAAGGUCCUGUUCCCUUCCCGUUGAUAAGGGAGUGUGAGGGUGUUAGAAGUGAGGAUCUUGGACUCUCAGGGACUCCUUUCCUCCACACUAUCCCUGUGUACUUGCCAAAGAGAGGGAUGAGGCAGGAGGUCCUCCCUGAGGCCUGGCCCAUUCUGAGUGUUGACAGAAGUCUUGGGGUGGGAGGCAGGGCAGUCUGCAGACAGGUGUGCUCGUGUAUUGCCAUGUUGUCAUGGGGCCUCUCUGUACUUCCUAAGGUAUGUUCCUCUUCUAAACCCCCCGUGCCCACCUGAAUUCCACUUUGCCUUCUUUCCUUUCCUCCUUUUUGCAUGGUUUCUGGGUGCAGACGGUGGAGCCUGAGGAUGGGAGCUGCUCAGCUUGUCUUGGGAGCCACUGCUGGGCUUCAGGACACGGUGUUGAGUGGGAUAGACUGAGGUGUGAGGGGAGGAGGGCAGGCUGGGAACAGAAGGGGGAACGCCCAUGACCCUUUAUUCCUUCCGUCCUCUGAUCCACAAGCAGGAAGAGGCUGAGGCCAGGCUGGGCUGAGUCUGGAUGCUCACUUUCCAUGCAGCAGCAUUUCAUUGCGCAAAACCAUCCUUCCUCUCCCUUUGCCCCUGUUUCCCACAUUCCCUUCGUCCUGCCCCAGGGCGGGACCGAAGAGCUGGAAGAAAGCAGUCAGUGUACCCUCCCAACGGCCCCCCUCGAAGGUCUCCACUCUCCUCUGGCUCCUCCUUGCCUAAUGCAGGGGGUCACCGCUGGAGAAGAACCACCACUGUCCUGGAUGUGUCCCAAGCCUGGAGCAAAUUCGCCCUCUUGGCCCACUCAGCCCUCUCAUAGGAAUUAUUUCCUGGGUUUCCAUCCCUCUGAGGCACACCAGAAGUAGUUGACUUUGUUCUUUUGGGGAUGUCACCCCUUCUACUUUCUUUCUCACCCCACCCAGUACCCUCUUCUGUGUCUUUGCUGUCUCCCUUCCCUCCCACCACCCAUGUGCAUGAGCAGAUAUGCAACGAAACCCCGGGACUUUGCAGUCAAAUGAAGCCGAGCUUCCCACAUCCCCUCCUUCUUUGGUUUGCCAUGAGAUGAUGUGGGGUUUCCACUGUGUGUCUGUCGUCACCUCUUUGUCUUUUUCCCUAACCCCAAUCUCAUACUUGUAUAGAAUGAUAACAGUUGUGUUUCCACCAAAGGCAUGUGGCUUAUUUAUCAAUUUCAUGUAUUCUGAACAAAGGCAAAAAAUACAAAUUCCUACCACUAAA